AUGCACUUAAUUCAGGUGGACUCCGUUCAGCGAUGGAUGGAAGAUUUGAAGCUGAUGACAGACUGCGAAUGUAUGUGUAUUCUCCAGUCCAAACCAAUCAGCAUUGAGAAGGAUGAACAAAACGAACUUAUCCUUUCCUCACAAUAUGGCACAUGUGAUAACUUGCAGGUGCUAUUAAAAAGAGCAUGGAUCAUAAGCACGGAGUUGACCAGGAUUGCUCAAAAGCUAGAGAAGAACAGAUGGCAGAGAGUCCACAGCAUGACAGUAAGAGUCAACUGCCAUGUGCGUUCAAUGAUAAAUGAAUACAACACGUUCGCCAGGAAUUCUUCAGAAGAAAUGCACCGGUUUGAAAAACUUUUAAUAGACAAGUGUUCAGAAUUUACAGCAUUCACAGAAAGGUGCAUACAAACUGAAGAUGAACAGAUACUGAAGUCCAUGAAAUCUUGUAUUAAUGAAACACUCACUACAGUUGCUCAGUAUUUUGGCCAGUUGAUAGAGCUGGUUUUAACACAUGAGGCACAGAACCUGCUGAGACAAAUAGAAUUGUCGGAUAAUAUGUACGUCACUGAGUCAGCGAUUAGUAGUUUAUUCAGCCUUACCCAGGAAGGUGCUCACCUGUGCCGUAUCAUAGCUAAGGAAGGAGGUGUAGUUGCUCUAUUUAAGAUCUGUCGCCAGGAUGGUUUCAGGUGUCUUUAUCCCCAGACAUUGAGAACAUUGGCAUCCAUUUGCUGUGUAGAGGAAGGCGUGUACCAGCUGGAAAAGGUUGAUGGGAUACUGUGCCUGGCUGACAUUCUUACUGAUAACAGCCAUUCUGAAGCUACUCAUGCAGAAGCAGCAGCAGUAAUUGCACAGAUCACAUCUCCACAUCUCACGUUCACUCAGCAUCUCAGCAGCUUUCUGGAAAAUAUGGAAGAAAUUGUAACAGCACUUGUCA